GGUGUUUGCUCCGGCCAAGCCCCGGCGGCCACUGCCGAUGGCGCGGCAUGCGGCCAGGCACGGGAUCCGGCCAUGGUGCGGCCUGGGCACGGCGACUCCGGCCCCAGCAGCAUUGCACGCGCGGGCGCGGCCAUGGUGCGGCCUGGGCACGGCGACCCUGGCCCUAGCAGCCCUGCGGACGCGGGCGUGGCCACCGGUGUCGUGGCCCCGUCAUCGGGGCACGCCGCCCUACGACGGCCACACUGCAGGCGCUCCCCAACGGGCGCACAGCCGGCGGUGGCUGCGCGCAGCCCCUGUGCGGGUGCGCGGGAGCGGCCCCUGGUGGCUCGGCGUCCCGACGCUGGCGCUUCGGCCGGGCACGGCUCCGAGGCUGGCUUUGCCGGCCACAACACACUCCGGUGCGCGGCCCCGGCGUCCUCCUCCAGCAUGGGCUCCGACCAUGUGACGGCCCAGUACGGGCGCAACAGCCCCAGCCAAUGCCCAACCUCCUACGCCGCUCGGGUCCGAACACGCAUGCGAGCGCUGCUGCAAGCCUGCAACCGCACCAUUGCAUGGUCCGGUGCAACUGCACCAUUACGGUGGUGGGCUUCUCAGCCCCGCCAGCGGCAUAGCGUUUGCUGCAUGCGUGGCCCGCGGAGUGCAUUUCGCUGUUGCCGCAGACUCGCCGUCGCUGCCAUGCGUGGACGUGCGAACGGAAGCGACACAUCCCAAUCACUGGAAUGCAUACCGAGAUGGGUAGCGGCACAACGUUGGUAGAGCAAACAUGCAUAUUUAAUUUGCUAGAUCAAAAGGUAAAUCUCAAACCUGAAUAUAAUAGAGAUUUACUUUUUGGUUGUUCACGUGGCCAACGCCAUGAACCACUGCAUCCGUGCUUGCACAUCAUCAGCCUGCCUGCACAUCGUCAUGUUCACUGUUGCCGAAGACGAUCCGGUAACCGCCGUCGCUGGUGCACACGCAAGACUUUUCCUCGUUCAGUGGAGAGAGUUCGUGCUGAUAACGUGUUGUAACUCAGUGGAAAACAAGUGAACAGAGGAACAGUGCAAAUGACAGUUGUCCUUUAUUA